AUGGGGAAGGGAGACACCUUGGAAGCACCAUCCACCUCGGCCUACCGCUCUGUCAUGGAGGAACAUGGUUACGAAGUGGGCAAAGUCAUUGGCAAUGGCUCCUAUGGGACGGUGUAUGAGGCUUACUACACAAAGCAGAAAGUCAUGGUGGCUGUCAAGAUCAUCUCAAAGAAGAAGGCCUCUGAGGACUAUCUUAACAAGUUCUUGCCCCGUGAGAUACAGGUAAUGAAGGUCCUGCGGCACAAGUAUCUCAUCAACUUCUAUCAGGCCAUCGAGACCACAUCCCGAGUGUACAUCAUUCUGGAGCUGGUUCAGGGUGGUGACGUCCUUGAGUGGAUCCAGCACUAUGGGGCCUGCUCUGAGCCCCUUGCUGGCAAGUGGUUCUCCCAGAUGACCCUGGGCAUCGCCUACCUGCACAGCAAGGGCAUCGUGCACCGCCCUCUCCUGACCCCCAGCCUUUCUGCUGCUGGUAGGGACUUAAAGUUGGAGAACCUGUUGCUGGACAAGAGGGAGAACGUGAAGAUAUCGGACUUUGGCUUCGCCAAGAUGGUGCCUUCUAACCAGUCUGUGCGGAGUAGCCCUUCUUACCGCCAAGUGAACUGCUUUAGCCACCUCAGCCAGACCUACUGUGGCAGCUUUGCUUAUGCCUGCCCGGAGAUCUUGCUAGGCCUGCCCUACAACCCUUUCCUGUCUGACACCUGGAGCAUGGGCGUCAUCCUCUACACGCUAGUGGUUGCCCGUCUGCCCUUCGAUGACACCAAUCUCAAGAAACUGCUGAGAGAGACUCAGAAGGAGGUCACUUUUCCACCUAACUAUGCCAUCUCCCAGGAGUGCAAGAACCUGGUCCUCCAGACGCUACGCCAAGCCACCAAGCGUGCCACCAUCCUGGACAUCAUCAAGGAUCCCUGGGUGCUCAAGUUCCAGCCUGAGCAACCCACCCAUGAGAUCAGGCUGCUUGAGGCCAUGUGCCAGCCCCCCAGCACCACUAAUCGUCACCAAUCCUUGGAAAUCAGUACCUGAAAGUGGCGGAAGGAGGGGGUUGAAACAGGAGCAAAGCAGGAGGGUCUUGGGCUAAA